AUGCCUUCGACAGGGUCGAUAACUUCACGGUUUUUUUCAGUUUCUUUUGGAAAAUUCCCUCAGAAGUUCGCAUUUAAAAAGGACCGGGCAUUUCGCCGCGCCCACCAAACCGCUCCCCCUCGCCUCCACACCUCCAAGCGCAAGAUUUGUGAGGGGGAGCGUGGAAGGCAGCCGGCGCUCCGAGGCCGUCGAUUGGCGGCAGCCACCACCAAUGAGCGUGCGCCCAGCCCGUCAGAGGGCGGGAGAUGGGUGGGGGAAAGGUCCGCGCGGCGACUCCGGCUCCUCCUUUCGCUCAGGGCUCGGCGGCAACGCGGUCGGCUCUCCCCGUUGUUGCCGUUUCUCAGUCGCUAUGGCCCUUCUCGGCAGUUGACGCUCGUGCCUCUUUCCCUCCCGCUUCCCCUUCCGUUCUUCCUUCUCCUUCUCCUCCUCCACCUCCGGGCUCCCACGGAACCAACUGUGAGUUCCAUUGUCCGAAAUUCCUAUUUUAGAGUCACGAAUGGCGGGAAGACCACCUUGACUGAUAAACUCACACAGUCGCUACCCAACUGUAGUGUGGUGCAUCAAGAUGACUUCUUUAAGCCCCAGGAUGAGAUACAGGUUGAAGAUGGAUUUAAACAGUAUGAUGUUAUUAGCGCUUUGGAUAUGGAUGCAAUGAUGAGUACCAUCAGUGCCUGGAGGAAAAACCCGAUCAAGUUUGAGCGAUCCCAUGGCAUUAAUAUACUUGAUACCAGAACAACAGAGGAAAAUGAUGAUACCAUUCAUAUUCUUAUUGUAGAAGGAUUUUUACUUUAUACUUACAGACCCCUGAUUGAUGUUUUUGAUGUCCGAUAUUUUCUUUUUAUUCCUUACGAAGAAUGUAAGAGGAGGAGAAGUUCAAGGAAUUACACUGUCCCAGAUCCACCCGGGCUAUUUGAUGGUCAUGUUUGGCCCAUGUAUAUCAAACAUAAGAAGGUGAUGGAAGACCUUAAUGUUGAUGUUGUUCAAUUGGAUGGAACAAAAUCAAGGGAGGAACUUUUUAACAGUGUCUACAAUCAUAUCCAGAACAACUUAGAAGAACUGAUUAAGAAGAUGCAUUAGACAAGUGGCUGGGGAGUUCCUGAGAAGAUACAUCUUCAGUAACUCUGUGCGUUAGUGUGUGUGUAUGCUGACUUGGCGGUAAAGGUGAUUUUUAAAAAAAUCUUGAUGUAAGGCUUUAAAAUCUGGCCUUGAUUAAAACACGCCUUUUACUGUA